AUGGUAGCAUUUCUUAGCAAAGCCAUCAAGUGUGGAAGUGGCCAUCCAUCAGCAGAUCUGGGAUUCAGAGGUGCAGCCUAUCUGAAACCCUCCAUUGGACUGAGUGAAACUAUGGUCCAGAAAAGCUCUAUAAACAAGACUGACUUCCCAAACAUUGACCUGGUGGCUGAGGUGAACAAGCGUAGAAAAGCCAUGGCCACAAGAGAUGAAACAAUCAUCAAGAAAAGUGGCGAAGGUGGGAAAAUGCUCCCUAGCAUGGGCAUGGACCAGGAGUCUCCCAGAAAAGGCCACCUCGUGGUGCCUCCUGCUCCCCCCCCUUCCCCAGUUGAUGCUACGGACAUAAGCAAGUACAAAUCAAAUUGUUUAAUGGGCAUGGACGUAGAUGCCAAUGCACAAACUCAUUUGGGGUCUCUGGGUAGGCUUUUGAAGGCUAUCACAGAAAUUUUGGGCUUCUCAUUUUAUGCUCUAUAG